GGCCCGGCUCCCGGGGUAAUCAUUAACCGCCCCUCGGCGGCCCCGACCAGCCGGGCUGCGCGUCGCGGCUCCCGCGCUCUUCAAGGACCAGCGGGCGGGCACCGACCCCCGCCGGCGCUCGUCCUUCGUCCCUUCGGCGCUGCCACGGCAGCGCGGCGGGGGCCGGCGGUCCCUCCGCCAUGGAGGGCGAGGGGAACGAGACCCUCCACCCGUCCUGCAGCGCCAGCGAGCCGCCCUACUCGGAGGAGCUUCUCCGGAGCCUUGAUCUACCAGGAAAAUUUCUCUUUGCAAUCUUGACUCUGAUGACGCUAAUUGCCGAUCUGGUAUUUAUAGAGGAAGCACUCUACAUCUACCGGAAAAUUCCCUCCUCCAAAAGAUCAAUAAUCAUUUGGGUUAAUGCUGCAGCUCCAGUGAUCGCUACUACUUCAUGCAUUGGCAUGUGGAUUCCUCGCUCAACGAUGUUUACAGAUUUCACAGCAGCAGUAUUUUUCGCCAUAGUUAUCCACAAGUUCCUGCUGAUGAUGAUUAAGGAGUGCGGAGGUCAAAAGCUGCUCCUCAGGCGGUUUGAAAAUGAUCGCUUCAAGAUCAGCACUGGUCCCUGCUGCUGCUGUUGCCUUUGCCUCCCUCGUGUGCGCAUCACUAGGCGAACCCUCUUUUGGCUGAAGCUGGGCACCUUUCAGUUUGCUUUCCUUCGACCUGUGCUGAUGUUUUUAUCAAUAGUGCUUUGGACUAAUGGCAUUUACACCCCUUACAAUUUAUCUCCCAAAGGAGCUGCAAUAUGGAUUAGCUGCUUCGUUGGUGUCAUCACCAUUAUUGCUCUGUGGCCAGUUGGAAUCAUGUUUCAACAAGUUAGGACUCUACUUAUCUGUAAGAAGAUCAUCCCAAAGUUCGCUCUUUAUCAGUUUAUCCUCAUUCUGAACCACCUGCAGGCAGCUAUUAUCAACAUCUUGGCCAUGCAAAGAGUUAUACCCUGUGCUCCACCACUCUCCUCUUCAGCAAGAGGAGCAUACACAAUCCAGCAGCUCCUCAUCAUGGAGAUGUUUCUCAUAACCCUGAUCUCAAGAGUGGUCUAUCGGAGAAGAUGUGAUGAUCUGGAGCCUCCGGAGUGUAUGGCUGAAGAAGCUGGUGACAACAAGCAGACUCCUAGGAUUAUCACGAAUAGUGCAAUUAGCAAAGAUGGGUUGCCGAGAGUUUAGGAGCCCUCUGAGCUCCUGUUCUGCAGGAGCUGGGAGCUCAGCUGCAGCAGUUUGUAUGUUCUUGCACUGCAAAUAGCCACUGUCCAGGCUGGAACGACUUCUGACAUAAACACCUGUGAGCUAUAGUAUUGAAAGGACCACUAGUGGAAAGAUAAUCCUGUUUAUUUUCCAGUGAUACAAACACGGUGUGUUUUCAUACCAUGUAAUUUAGUAAGAUUUCUUACCAUGUACUUUUAUGCUGUUAUUGAGCAUUAUUUUUUAGCUAUUAGAAUGGCUUUGCUUUGGAGUUCAUCCAGAGUCCUUCUUCUUCAUCUCUUUUGACUUUUAUUUCAUUUCACCCUGGAUUGCUGUCAUAAUGUCAACACACCAUUUUCGCAUCCUUACCCCAUUAAAAUUUAUCAGCUCUCACUGUAUGCUACAAGCUCACCAUAGCUAAUUCUGAUCAGUAAAUACAUUUGCACAUGUUUGUUCCGAAAUCCCAAAGCCUGUCUGGGCUCUCCACCUUUGUGAAUGAUGAUUUCUUUAGGACAAGACUUUUUACAUUCCUUGGCAAUUCACCUCCUGAUAAACACACAGUUGCUGUUUGUAGAUAUGUCACUGGCAGAUGUUCUUCCCAGGGACAGCAGAUUCUCUGUCACUGGCCUGGAAAAAGAAAGUAGGAGUCUGAGCUGUCUUCUGCCAUAGCUCUAUGAUGGUACGUGGUGCUUGGUUCUCUGCUUGGAAAAUGGGAAUAAUAAUGCUCAGGAUCCUUGUACUAAUGGUGUCUGUGAGGAGAAGAGCUAUGGAAAGUAAUCUCUUUUUUUUUUUUUUUUUAAUUUUUAGUUUACAAGGAAUUUUUUAAAUACUUUUUGUUUGGGGAUUGGUGGCAAAUGAAAUAUUCUGAAAACAGCUGGUAAGCAAUCUGGAAGUGUAAAAGGAGGCUGGAUUAAACAAAAUGUUUUCUUCUUUCUGAAUGAGGCCAGAAAUAGUAUUUUUUAACAACAGGAUUCCAUUUUAGUAGAAAAAUGGAGUUGUUGUUUUUUAAGUCAUUGAAACAAUUUUUAUAUUUAUUUUUUUUAAGCAGACAGCCUGGGAAAUUUAACGGAUUCAUGAACUCAUGACUGUGAGAGAAUCUACACUUUACACUUGAAAAAUAAUUUAGGCAAGAAUUUUCACUCUGCAUUAGAGUGUGUCAGUAGAAUUAACUGGGAUUAGCUGACAUAUUCUUAACAUGAGAAAUCUUCUUAAUGUAUUUUAACAUUAUGGCUAUUAGCAUAUUCCUAAUGUUACUUUAUAUCAGUGUAGUCUAGGACACAGGUAUAUUUGUAAACUUGCAGAACAGUACUUAAUUUCACAAUGGCAUUGGGAAUGGUUGGCUGUGAGUUUGAGCAGAUUCAAAGCCAGAAAAUAAAAUAUUUUGAAUUGGUAAGGAA